AAGCCCAUAACCCGAAUUAUCAGUUUGCUGUUCAAUCCUUUCCCGUUCGUUCGCAAUCCCCUUUUAUCCAAAACCCAAAAUUUCCCGAUAACCAUUUCUUCUCCCUUCCUCCCAUUCUAAGCUCGCUCGAUCCGCAACAAUGGCGGCAACGACGCUAACACUAUCCUCCUCAUCCUCCUCUAUCUCACUCCACAAUCCAACUCCCCGUUUCUUCCUCCUAAACAAGCCCGCCAGCAGUAAGCUCUUCCUCUCUUCCUUAUCCCGCCUCUCCCUCUCCUCCACCGCCACAGCGACGAUUACCGUUCCCCGGUCCAAUCCCGGCGAAAUCGACACUUCCUUCUUCGACGACGAAUUCGAAUCCGAGGAGGAAAUCGUGUUCGACCCGCCAACCCCGCCGGAAGGGUUCAUCGCGCCGCCGUACUUUGACGAGGGCCCGCCGGAGACCGAGGAUGAAAUCGCCGCCGCGUACGAGGAGCUCUACGGGCCUGCGUACAGCGGGGAGAGCUAUCUGGGCAAGGACAUUUACGUAAUGGAUUCGAAGGCGAAGAAGAUGACGGCGUUUGGGAAGGUGAAGAAGGAUAAGAUUAGAGACGGGUUCGAGGAGAGAGUGAUUCAGGUGAGGAGAGUGACGAAAGUGGUGAAAGGAGGGAAGCAAUUGCACUUCAGGGCGAUUGUGGUGGUUGGGGAUAAGCAAGGGCAAGUUGGGGUUGGCGUUGGGAAGGCUAAGGAAGUGAUUGGCGCUGUGCAGAAAUCCGCCAUUAACGCCAGGAGGAACAUCAUCACUGUGCCUUUGACCAAAUACUCCACUUUCCCUCACAGUUAUGCUGCGGAUUUGAGAGCCUUCGAUAGGAGUACAGUGUCUGUCAUAUCAGCUAACAUAAUGGCAAAUGCUGAUGGAGGAAAUGCAAAUGUGGACAAAUCCGAUGGGAAGUACGGAGCAGCAAAUGUGAUGCUAAGGCCGGCCUCUCCCGGUACUGGAGUCAUCGCAGGAGGUGCUGUCAGAAUCGUGCUCGAAAUGGCUGGUGUGGAGAAUGCAUUGGGAAAGCAGCUUGGAAGUAACAACGCCCUCAACAACGCUAGAGCCACUGUCGUUGCAGUGCAGAAAAUGAGACAGUUCAGGGACGUUGCUCGUGAGCGUGGUAUUCCAAUGGAGGAGCUGUGGAAAUGAAGACCAGACUGUAAUUUCAUUUGUAUCAUUUGGAUUUUGUGCAGAGAGAACAUUUGAUUUCCAUGUGUUUUUGUACUUUGGGCGGCUGAAAAUCUGUACUGAAAAAAGCACCAUUUCAUUUCCUUCUCUUGCUCCAAGAGAAAAAAGAAGAGUUAGAUAUUGGUGUUUCUAGUCCUUGUAACAGAGCCAACAGAUACGUCUCUAUAUUAUGAUUUUUUCUCAAUAGUCCCAAUACUGGGCAAACUGUUAACACUUAACAGUGAAUUAUUCAACAAGAAUCCA